AUGGCACAUGAAGGCCCCUCUACGCAGACGAGCGGAUCGUUCGCUGUCCCGCAACCGGUGAACCAAUUCUCUGUCUCUCGGAAUCCGCUCUCAGGGAUUUUGAGCUCCAUCCGGGGCGUCACUGCCGUCGGUCCCGCCGCGAAUCCUCCUAUCGCCGCUGCUACACCGUCGCACGCCGGCUCUGCAUCACACAAAGGCAAAGCUCCCGCAGCCCCCCCCUCCUCGCAAUCUUCUGUCCACAGCGCGUACCCCUCCGGUCUCGGACAUCCCGGGAAUCGGGGUUUCGAAGGUCCUCUGCGGUUGGUCCCGUUCGACCUUAGGAUCCCCAACGACUAUCCCAACUCUUUCACGAUCAACCCAUACAAAGCUGUAAACCAAUUUUUGAUGGGUUCAUUCUGGACCGAUUGUUACCCCACGAUCCUAAACGAACGUGGAUUCCAAACCUUCCACAUUGUCCGUUAUCUCCAGAAAUUCUAUGUUGAUCCUGAGACUGUUGUAUACCCUACUUCCUGGAACACGACUGUGAACUUUCAACAGACUCCUUUCUAUAUCUCUCUGGCAAAGAAGUUCACGGAUUUGAAGAUUGUGCAAGCUCUCAGGAAUCAUGCCACCGAAUCGAAACUUCAACAGCUUCUAAAGCGUCCGAAGCGUUCAUCCCAGGCUCCGUCCCAGGCUCCAUCUCAUGAUCCAUCCCAGGCUCCAUCCCAGGCUCCAUCCCAGGCUCCAUCUCAGGCUCCAUCCCCGGCUCCAUCCCAGGGUGCAUCCCAGGCUCCUUCCCCCCUGCCAUCGAAGAAGCUUGGCGGCCUAGAGCCAGAUGUCUGUCUAACAGGGUAUCACAUUGGAGGCAUCGCGAAAGGGACACAACCCACGGACGGCAGAGAAUUGAAUCAUGACAAUAAGCCCCAAAGAGUCCUCUACGCUCUCAUCGAGGACAAGUGGGAACCUUGGCUAGGGAAAAGUCAGCUCAGCCUACACCUCGCAGGCCUCCGCUACGCAAACGCGGAGGCUAUCUCUCAGACAAUCUACUACAGCCUAAUUGGUUAUGAACUCUCAAAGUGUCGUUCGGCUAUGGCAUGGGUCAACGGGGAUUUCACUCGUAUCCUGAACCUGUGUGAUCUGGUGCCAGAAGGAGAAGAGGUAGGUUUGGAGAGCGUGACCAUGGGAGGAGGCGGUGGCCGGACAAUCCUGGUCGAAGCCGAUUCAGCUCUUGUCGGGAAGUUGAGGUACCACAGGCAUGAUUGCCUGUCUGCAGAGCAAUUUGGCGCUCUUGUGACAGGAGAACAUUUCAUUGGUAUCCCGUGGAAAGUACCGAAUUCCCUCAUCGCAAAUUACGAGAACUGGGCUUUGGAUCUAAAGGCUAAGGAGCGCCUUGAUGCCACUGUAUAUAUGAACCUUGCCCUUGCUACCCACCAUCCGGAGACUGUCCCAGAUCCUCCCAUCGACAACCGUUCCCGCGAAAACGUAAUGGACGUGAACCCCUCCGAGGAAGAGGCACAUCAGUGGCGCAAAGUCAGUGAGAGGAUGCAAGGACGACGCCAGACGAGAAAGGCAUCGAUAAAGAAAGCUGCUUCGGCUGUGAAUGCCGCUGUUUCUGAUACCCGGAAUCAGGUCGUCGGUGAGGAGGAGGAUGAAGAGAGGGAGGAUGAAGAGGGGGAGGAUGAAGAGGAGAAGGACAAACAGGGUGGCAAUAGGCGCGAUGAGGACGAUCGGAAUCCUGAUGGCAGGCCUGAUGGUCCCGGCGGUGGCGCUCCUGGUCCCGGCGGUGGUGCUUCUGGUACUGACAAUGGCAGUGGUGAUCAUCCUCCCAGCGGCCGCCGCUCUAUUCGAUCGACGAGAGCCAGGAGCGACAACGGUCAGGAGCCGUCCAGUAAAAGACAGAAAAGGGCCGAUGUCUCUGGACCGACCGAUAACUUGCCCCCCUCUCCUAUAUCAAUGAUUGCAACUUCAACACCCUCGCCGGUCUCCUUUCCGACAAUAUGCUCACUCUUCAAAAUUGAACAGCCAGUCAAUGUAAAGAAGUGGUGUCUGUCCAUCAAACAGGAGGCUUUGACCGAUCAUACAUUCGUCAAUACGGCCAUUGGUCCCAACCCUGUCAUCUACACCGAUGCCGAGAAAGUCCUUCCCCGGGGAUACUGGACCCACGCCGAGUACCUCGACCACUUCUCGGAGCUUGGGGUCAGCUUCGUGCUGGCCACGCCCCUCGAGGUGGACGUGCUGCUCUCGCGGGCGGCGAAAUUUGGCUGGGGUGGGGCGCUGGGGAGGGGUUUCUCUCGGUUGGGUUUUCCCUCGUACCUGAGAAGAAAAGACAGAUCGAACACAACAGGCACUGAGAACUAUGGCGCCGCUCUGUUCUACACUGCCCAUACCCAGUCUACGACAUACGCGCUCCUGAAGAGCUAUCUCCUCCACAGACUGUAUACUGUCCCGCCUCCACUGAAUCUGCCACCAACCUCCCCAGACACCGUAUCGGCACCCGUCAUCGUCGGUCCUACCAAAUUUCCCUUCAACCAUCCAGCCAACGUGCUUGACGGAGAUGCUGUCAUGAUACCCAGCGGAUGGGAUAGCUGA